AACCCUUCUUUAGACAGGAGCUCUGACUUGCGCAGCUGUCCCUAACAUACCAGGCGUGUCGUCAGUCCGGAGAUCUGAGAAUUAAGAGGGACUGUAGGGCCAUUCCCACACGUCAACUUUGGUUGCUAACCUACCCUUCUUCCCUAAGACUUUUCUGUAAGAUUUCUCCCAGUCUAACCAGUUCUGGGCCAGCGGCCCCCAGUAUGGCGGACCAGUACAACACCAACGAGGAGAAAAUCCUAAAGGACAGGCACACAAAGGAGAUCGACUUGAUCAACAGGGACCCUAAACAGAUCAAUGAAGAUGUUGUGAAGGUGGAUUUCGAGGAUGUGAUAGCCGAGCCGGAUGGCACUCACAGUAUGGAUGGAGUCUGGAAGGCCAGCUUCACCACCUUCACCGUCUCCAAGUACUGGUGCUACCGUGUGCUGUCAGCUGUCUUCGGCAUCCCAGUGGCUCUGCUGUGGGGCUUUUGCUUCGCCUGCAUCUCCUUCUGCCACAUUUGGGCCGUCAUGCCCUGCAUCAAGAGUUAUCUGAUCGAGACCCAAUGCCUGAGCCGAAUUUACUCUCUCUGCAUUCACACCUUCUGCGAUCCCUUGUUUGAAGCUCUCGGGAAGAUAUUCAGCAGCGUUCGGGUGGCGUUACGCAAAGAGGUUUAGUUUUUUCAGAGGUCAAUGUUUACUUGUUCUGCCCUUGGAGAAAAAAUGUUUUAUUUUCAUUUUGGUUAAGGUUGAAGUCCUCAAAACGCCCAGAAAGGACUCUGGGGAAAGAUGAAUGUAAUUUGAAAUGUAUGCUGCCCCCUAUCUAUCUGGAUGUAAAUUGCAAGAACUGGAUGCAAAUUGGAACAAACUGUUAUAAUUUAUUCAUCAGUUUAUGUAAAGGGAUUUGGGAGCAAUUCAGGAUUAGUUUAGAGAGAUUGUAUGAUUAAAGGCCUUUCUCACUUAGAAUGAAGAAUUUGUCUUAUUAUUUGAUAUCAUAAAGAGUCUCUCUUUACUUUGAACAGAUAUAAAUGGGGAUGGUGUGGUAAUGUUAAUAUCUCAGAUGUAUUCUGUGCAACUGCUAAUUAAAUAUUAUUUUAAACAAUAA